AUGAUGUCGCCUCAGUACGAAAAGUUAGAGCAAGAGUCCCUUGGAGAUUUACUAAAUAAUGAAGGACGUCAUAAUGACAAAGUCAUAUCUGCGGCUCGAGCCUGGAAAGCUGCAUACACUCUGUCCGCUUUAGUUUUCGUUUCUUGCGUUUUGAAUGUCAUUCUGUUCGUCCAGCUACGAAACACACAACUAUGUUACACAAUCAAACCUACAGCAUCAGUAUGUCCAAAUUCUCAGGCGACGAUUUUUUGAUACCCUCAGCAUAAUGGCUAACCUCUGACAGCUAGUCUAGAAAGGAACAUCACUAUGCCAAUUCCCCACGACGAUCGAGCGAUUGACGAUCCCAUGUGGGAUUCUCCUGAAUUUGAUCUCUUCACGGGAGGGUUGCCAUGGACGAUGAAUUUGUGGCGGAAAAAGGUCUGCCCACCUCGAUGA